AGGCGCCCCGGACCCCGUGCGCCCUGUCUCCCGACCGCGGCCUGCGAGCGCGCCGCCUGGGCAGCCCGGGCCUCUCCCCGCCUCCCCGCCCGCGGCCCCGCCCCGGAGGCCGGCGGUGCGUAGUCGGCGGCCUCCCCUGCCUGCCUGCCGGCCUGCCUGCCUGCCUUCUUCGGCCACCGCCGCCGCCGCGAAGAUGGCUGCAGCCGCGGGCGAGGACGGGCCCGGCGCGAGGGCCUUGCUGGCGCUGCAGCGCGCCGCGCCCUCGCCGCCGCCGCUGCCUCCCGGGGCGGCCGCCUCCUCGCCUCCCCAGGGCCCGGCGCCGGCCCAGAUCCCGCCCGCGCUGCCCCUGGCGCGCCUGCAGGGCCGCGACGUGGAGUUCGUGAUGCGCCAGGCGACGGUGACCAUCGGGCGCAACUCUUCGCAGGGCGCCGUGGACGUGAACAUGGGCCGCUCCAGCUUCAUCUCGCGCCGCCACCUCGAGCUCGCCUUCCGCGCGCCCCACUUCUACCUGCGCUGCCUGGGCAAGAACGGCGUCUUCGUCGACGGCGCCUUCCAGAGGAGGGGAGGCCCGGCCCUGCAGCUGCCCCCGCAGUGUACUUUUCGAUUCCCCAGCACAAUCAUCAAGAUCCAGUUCACGUCGCUCUACCACAGAGAGGAGGCGAAGGAAGAAGCCUCGUCGCCUCCUCUCCGGCCGCUCUACCCCCAGAUAUCGCCGCUGAAGAUCCACAUUCCGGAGCCGGACCUCCGAAGCCUGGUCAGCCCCCUGCCCUCUCCCACCGGCACGAUCAGUGUUCCCAACUCGUGCCCAGCCAGUCCACGUGGCGCUGGCUCCUCAGGAUACCGCUUCGCACAGAAUAUUACCUCGGACCUGCAGCUGGUGGCAGAAUAUGCAGCCAAGGCAACAUGUGAGCAGCAGGCGGAUGCAUCUGGCGGUGACAGCCCAAAGGAUGAGUCCAAGCCUCCGUACUCCUACGCCCAGCUGAUUGUCCAAGCUAUCUCGUCGGCCCAGGACCGGCAGUUAACACUAAGUGGCAUCUAUGCCCACAUCACCAAGCAUUACCCGUAUUACAGGACGGCGGAUAAAGGCUGGCAGAAUUCCAUUCGGCACAACCUUUCCUUGAACCGCUAUUUUAUUAAAGUCCCGCGUUCCCAGGAGGAGCCUGGGAAGGGCUCGUUCUGGAGGAUAGAUCCUCCCUCAGAAGGCAAAUUGGUGGAGCAGGCCUUCCGGAAACGGAGGCAAAGGGGGGUGUCCUGCUUCCGAACUCCCUUCGGGCCUCUCUCAUCCAGGAGUGCCCCUGCGUCUCCGACUCACCCCGGCCUGCUGUCCCCCCCCACCAGUGGCCUACAGACCCCAGAGUGCCUGUCCAGGGAGGGGUCGCCCAUUCCGCACGACCACGACUUCGGCUCAAAAUUAGCCUCUGUCCCAGAGUAUCGGUAUUCGCAGAGCGCCCCUGGCUCGCCCGUGAGUGCCCAGCCGGUGAUCAUGGCCCUCCCUCCGCGGCCCUCGGCCCUCGUGGCCAAGCCGGUGGCCUACAUGCCAGCCUCCAUUGUGACCUCUCAGCAGCCUUCGGGCCACGCCAUCCACGUCGUCCAGCAGGCGCCCACGGUCACCAUGGUCAGGGUGGUGACCACCUCGGCCAACUCGGCCAAUGGGUACAUACUGACCAACCAGGUGCCGGCCGCAGGCGCCCACGAAGCAGCAGGAGCCGUCUUGGACCUGGCUGGUGAGCCCAGAGGAAUGGAUGAGAAGCCAACCAUUGCGUUUGCUGCAAUCCCCACUGCCAGCCGAGUUAUUCAAACGGUGGCCAGUCAGAUGGCCCAGGGUGUCCCCGGGCAAACAGUCACCAUCCUCCAGCAAGCGGCGCCCAUGACCAUUGGCCAACACCAGCUCCCCGUCCGGGCAGUGACGCAGAACGGGAAGCAUGCCAUGCCCAGCAACAGCCUAUCUGGCAGCGCUUACGCCCUCACAAAUCCACUGCAGCUGCUGGCUGCCCAGGCCAGUUCCUCCACUCCGGCCGUGGUCAGCCAGGCGGCGGAGGCCGUGGCGAAAGAAGACCCUCCUGGCGAGCCGGAUGUCAAGAGGCCUCGGGUGGAGGAGCCGAGGGGGGCGACAGCGGCUCCCUUGCAGACGGGGGGCGUGAUCACUUCCACGGCUCCACAAGGACAGGCUGCCAGCGAAUAAGGAAGCAGGAUGCUCUGAAAGCGGCGCAGCGCACGGCCUUUGCGGGAUUGUCCUCCUCCUCCUUCUACAGAAAGAAGAAGGGGAAAAAAACUACAUCUGUAACACCUUUUGACCUUUUUGGGGUUGUUGGUUUUUUUUUUUUAAAGUUCCUUUCCAAAAGAUAAGAUUUUAACAGGACACGACGGCGGUUCUUAAGAGUCUCGAGGUGCCAAAUGGAAUGGCCGAAAGCUCCACCUGCCCAGAAGUCUUGCUUUGCCUUUUGCUCUUGAGAUCUUUUCUCUCUCUAUCCCCCAGACCCCCUUUUUAGAUUAAAAAAAACAACAACAAAUACAGACAAUUUGAUUGUACGACUGCUGGGGUUUCCCCCCCUCUCCCUCCGUUAAUUUUCUUCCCUUUCCCUCAAAUAUUGGGCUUUGUAUGUGAGCGUAUUAAAUGCAGGACAGAGGCAAGUGUGGUUUUGGAGAGGGCUGGGGCAGGUUGUGAUCGCCAAUGAUUACUUCUGCCUCUUUUUACCAUAUAUACAUAUGCAUACACACACAGGGGGGGGGUACCUCCUUCUCUCCCCCCCCCCCCCCCGAGCUUUGCAGCCUGAAAUCGAGAGGAUGCCCACCUGGGAAGGGCUUUUCGAAAAAUUUGACGUUGCAGGCUAUAUCGGUCGGUAUCCACAGGAACGGCCGCGUGGGCCUGUUCCUUCUUCCCGCCAGCUAACCCAUGCUCGGACGUUGUGUUGUUGCACACAGUGCUCUUCCCCAUUUCCACCCCCCCCCCCAAAAAAAGAAUCUGCCCCAGCAAGGGACUUAAGAAACUGGCAGCGCGGAGAUGUCGGGAUACCGGUUUAAGUCAGGUGGGUAGCUCAGUGGGUUAGAGCGUGGUGCUGAUAGCAACGCCAAGGUUGCAGGUCCGAUCCCCAUAACAGAGACCUUUGCAUUGGACUGGGGGACCCUCAAGAAUCUCUGAUCCUAUGCUCAACAUUUGGUGGGUUGGGAUAAGUGGGGCUGCAUUUUUUGGCAUCUACAGCAGGCCUAGGCAAACUCCGGCCCUCCAGAUGUUUGGGACUACAAUUCCCAUCAUCCCUGUUAGCUAGGCAUGAUGGGAAUUGUAGUCCCAAACAUCUGGAGGGCCGGAGGUUGCCUAGGCCUGAUCUACGGUGAUGUCUAGUUCCAGGCUUGAUUUAACACGGUGCAAAUUCAAGGAGGAAGAGAGCUAUCCAUGGCUACAGCCUCAGUGGUUCUGCUCUGCCUUCACAGUUGGGAGACAGAAAUACUUAUGAAUCCCAGUCGCUGGAAACCACAGAAGGGGAGAGGUGCUCUUGCGCUCAGAUCCUGCUUCCAGGCAUGCUGGAACUGGAUGGGCCACUGGCCUGAUCCAGCAGACUCGUCUUACAUAACAACCUAGGCAGGGCUUUGAUAAGAGGAAGGAACCAGCUAGGACCUUUUGGUCCCAUUCCUGUUCAUCGAGCCUGAGAGAGGGAGAAAGACCGGAAUAGAAUAACCCUUAUCCUUUAACGAUGGCGCUGCCUCGUCGCUCACCACACCUUAAGAGCCCAGAUUAUGCGUUAAGAGGACCAGACUCCAUCUCAGGUAGCCUUUUGCUUUGGACGGCAGCUUCUGCUGGAGAAGACUGGUCUGGAGAGAGCUGGAUUCAAAUUCCUUCUCAGCCAUGCCGCUCUCUGGGUGGCCGGGUCAGUCACGCCUAACAGCCCUGCGAGGUAGGUUGGGUGGCAAGGAAAGUGGGGGGGGGGGGUUGGAGAGAACUACGAGCGCAGCCUCAAGCUCCUUGGAGGAAGGGCAGGAUAAAAAUGUGCAUGACUCAUCAUUGGAUCUCAUGAGAGGCAGCGGUGGUGUAGUGGUUAGAGUGUCGGGACUAGGGCCUGGCAGAAACCAGGGUCCAAAUCCUCACACAGUGAAACUCACUGGGUGUGACCUUGAGGGCCACUCUCCGCCUCGCCUACCUCACAGGGUUGUUGUGGGGAUUAAAUGAGGAGGGGGAGAACCAUGCGUGGCACUUUUGAGCUCCUUGGAGAAAACGGUGAAAUUACAAAUGCAAUAAAUAAAUAAAUAUGAUUCCUGUCCCCGCGUCCCGUCGGUGAAGGUUAAGACACCAACUGCUUGGCGCUCAUUAGGGUUUCUUUGUAACCGCAGGACUUGAAAUGGGUUUUCAGAGCCCAAAUUAAAUUAAAUAUUGCUUGGUGCUGAGCUUGGCAGAGGGAGGGGGAGAGGGCAUAAGGAUGAGCGCUUGACCCCAGGGGUUCCUUCAAGCCAUUUAUUUCCCUGUUUGCAGGCCCUUAUUAAGAAAGGCAAGCCUAAGAUUUAAGCGUGUUGGUAAAUCCAGCCGUGCUUAUGAAUUCCUCCGGAUGUAAGCAUUGCAGCACCUCUUUGAACGUUUCCCUGCAUGUCAUCCCGUUUGUAAGGCUUGUUCACACGUCGCGGUAAACCAUAGUUAAUGGUUUGCCAUGAACAAGGGCUGAUCUUUGUCAUGUUUGUCCUCCGCAUUAACCCCAGAAGAAAACAACCCCUGGCUUAGCAUGACAUAGGACAGGGAUGUCCAACAGGUCGAUCGCGAUCUACUGGUAGAUCCCUGGGAGAUUUUGGUAGAUUGUUGUCGAUGUUGGUAAAAUAGAAUCCCGCCCCGCCCCGCCCUCCAUUGUUGCACGAUUCGCAGAAAGGAAGACGUAGUUUACUCAUUGAGGCUGUUUCCUCAGCGAUCUGUUGGUGAGUGGCUGUUCCCCCUUUUCCUUAAAAAUGGGCAACACUUUAGCCUUGAACUCCCCAAAAUUGGGGGUUUUCUCAUCUCUAUAAAAAGCUCAACAAUUUCCCCCGUAUCCCUAAAAAGCGGUGCUUUCUCCCUUAAAAAAGCUCAACAGUUUUGCUUUGCCCUGAAUAGAUCGCAGUCUCUUGGGAGUUGGCCACCCCUGCUAUAGGAUAUUGAAGGGAGACCCCCUUCUUCUCUCUCAGGUGUUUAGAUUGGCAGAUGGCACACUCUUGGUCGUCCCGCCGCCCCCUCAAAAGUUUGGGGGUAGCAGUGACAAGAUGGCCUUCUCUCUAGCGGCCUCUAAGCUUUGCAUCUCCCUCUGCACAGCUAUUUGCAACUGACAAAUACACACCUCUUUCUCCUGAACUUCGACACCCGAGGGGUGUGUCUUCAGGACCCAUCCUAUUCCUGGGACCGUAAUUUGUUUUACCUAUUAUCAAUACAAAAUUGGUAAUUGUUGCAACCUGCCCUGGGGCCUGCUAGUAGAGGGCUAAUAAUAAUAAUAAUAAUAAUAAUAAUAAUAAUAAUAAUAAUAAUGUCUAAACCAGGACCUGCAGUUUAUUUCCUCCUAAUGCUAGUGGAAAGGGGACAAGCAACCAAGCCAGGCACAUUCCUUACCUGCGGUUUACUGUGAUGCGCAAAGGGUGCCAAUAAAUUUUUAUUCAUGAAAACAGUCCCAGUAAGUCUCUCCGCUCUAGUGGGAGAAGGACAGCCUCUUAGCUCUGUAUAACAACUGAGUUUGUAGGCGAGAGAGAACAGCAAUAAUGCUGUGAGACCUGUUCUCUGCGUGAAAAAGUUGGCUUGCCAUUGGGGGAAAAAGAAUCGCUUGCUUCCCCCUGGAGGUUCUAAGUGUCUGGGUGCAAAAAUCUGCAUGCACACACACACCCCUCCGCCAGAAAUCAAUUCAGUUGGGAGAAAAAGAUAUUGCUCCAUAUGAUCUAUUAGUUUUGGAGAUCCUUUCGUCUGGUCCCUUUUCCUAUGCAAGCAGUAAUUCUGCCCUUGUCUAAAAUAAAGGAAGGAAGUGUGUCUGCUGUAUUACCGGAGGUAUGGGAGCGUUGCUCUGCAUGCAAUCGCUUUCAGAUGCAGGUGCCCAGACUUGUAGGAAACUGGACAUGCGAGGAGGAGGAGGAGGAGGACUCCAGACACCUGUUUGGAAGCAAAGCCCAGCUUGAGUAAGGAAACGGGACAGACCUUUGUUCUCCAGAGCCAAACAGCUGCCUGCCUGCCUGCCUGCCUGCCUGCUUGCCUACCUUUGCAUGCAAACACGGAGGCCUUUUGUUAAAACUCCCAAUCCAGCCGCUCACUUCGAUCACAGCGAAACGGAGCCGGCUGCGAGGGACUGAGCUGUCUGCGGGGGACGCCCUGUGAUUCCUUGGACGGGGGGCUGUGUGGCACAGUGUAAAGUGGAUUAAAUCUCGGGCACUUCGAUCCAAUGCGGCCCAAAGGGAUGGGGCCUGCUCAGCUUGGGGAGUGUGAACUUGAGAUUCCCCUAAGAAACUGGGGGAGGGGUAUAUCUCCCUCCAUCCUCUUCUGGGUUUGCAUUCUUGUUUUCUUCCCUGUAUGAAUUUGAGAGCCUGGGUAAGCAAACCCCCCCCCCCAAAAAAAACCCCUACUUCUGUACUUCUGACCUAUUUUAUAUUUUAAAGUCACUUUUUCUUUUUGGAAAACAUUUCAGCAGCCUUGGGUGGAGGUGAGAUUCUUUAUCAUUUGGACCCCUGGAAGCAAGAGACUGCAGAAGCAGAAACAUUGCUAUGCACGUAGGACUGAGGAACUCAUCCACACUUAACCUUGCUUCAUAUUUCUAGGCACAGGUCUGAGCUAUCCAGGUUUGUGUCCGAGUGCUUUUUAGGUUUUUUUUUUGGGGGGGGUGCCCCAGCACUUUCUCCACAAAGACUCGCUCUUUACCACUGAAAACAAUUACAUAGGAAAUCCGAAUUGCUGUUUGUUCCGGUUCAGCAGUAAAGAUCAGCUUUUCCUGGGAAAAGCAGUGGGAUUUUUUUUUAUAAUAAAAGCUUGGACACAGACCGGGAAAGCGUGGACCUAUGUCUAGAAAUUGUGGGGCAGGAAGUAAGUGUGGAGGAGCCCUGACUUAAGACUGGUUUGUGUGCCUUCUGAAUCCAAGGUUAACUUACCUUGGGGCAAAAUACGUUCCCGACGUCUCUUAUUGUAGGGUUGCUGUAAGGCAGCAGGGGAAAGGCACCCCCAUGUUUUCCUGCAGAUUCCCAGAGGUAUCCUUUCCGUCUUGCUUCGGCAGUGGUGAUGGCUUGAUAUUGCGUAGGCUGCUUCUGUGACGCAUCACCGUCAGCCCUCGCCAAAGCCUGAUGGAUUUCACCACGGGGCACAGCGAGAGGCAUCAGCCUUGAAGGUGGACGUUCUGGUUGUUGGAAAGGGCAGAUGAAUCCAGCCCCAUGGGACACAACCCACUAGUAAAUUCUCCGUUGCAACCGCCUGUUGAGUGCUCUUGCCCAACUCCCGUUGAAAACUUCCUGGUGACUUGCACACCAAUUUUAAAUGUGUGGGAUACAGAGCACGGCUGCCUGAAUUUCCUCACCUCAAACACCCAAGUGUCUUUGGUCCAGCCCUGGAACUGGGAGUGCCACCCCUAACCUGGCCUCCUUUAUCUGCUCCCAUAACUCCUUGGCCAACCUGGCUGGAGUCCUGGUGGGUUGGAAUCGGCAGAAUAUAGAGGGCAACGCUUUGGCAAUGGUGAUAGCUUGAUAUUGCAGAGGCUUCUUCUAAGACGCAUAUGCCAAUGCGCUCCUGUGGCUGCAUGCAAUUCCUGCAUUGCAGGGAGUUGGGAAUAGAUGACCAAAACUGAUUUUAUGUUGCAGGGGAAGAUGCAUAACGAUGCACAAUAAAGCUGUAGUCCAAGGAAGCUUGCUUGCAGCUCCUGAUCUUCUCCCUCGAAUUUCAAGUCUUGCUUUCCUGUUCUCUCAUACAGUAUGUGCUGUGCAUCCACGACGCAGCGAAGCCUUAAGUGUGUGGGAUUUGAACUAUCCUGCCCCUUCUUUGUGCUCAGGUUUGCCCUGCUCCGAGCUGACAUUUCCGGCAUCCUUUGCAGAUGCGUCAAGCUUGCAGAGCAGCAUUCGGUUACCCAGACUUGCAAAUAAGCAUACAGUACACCUUUUCACCUAUGGCAAGUAGCAAUCUCACCAGGCAAAUGAACUGGCGGGUAGCUCGGUUAGAGUGUGGUGUUGCUGAUGUCAAGGUUGCAGGUUCAAUUCCCGUAAGGGGAAGCUGCAUUGCAGGGGGUUGGACUAGAUGGCUCUUGGGGGCCCUUCCAACUGCAUGAUUCUACAGUGGUACCUCUACUUACGAAUAACUCUACUUACGAAUGGAGCUCUCUCCGCCAUCUUGGAUGUGGUUUAGAUAGGAUUUUUUCUACUUACGAAUUUUUAGAUAGGGCUUACGAAUUUUUUCUCCCAAUGCAUUCCUAUGGGAUUCGACUUACAAAUUUUUUCGACUUACAAAUGUGCGUUCGGAACGCAUUAAAUGCGUAAGUAGAGGUACCACUGUAUGUCUAUGGAGCUCAGGGGGUUUUAUGUUCCUUUAGGUCAUAAACACAGGGCAGUCUCGAGCAGGUCGGCCGCCCUGGCGCUGAGGGGCGGAGAUCGCUCCAGCACCCCCGCAGGGCGCAGCAUGGUUUUCGUGCAGCGCCCAGCCUACCGGCCCGGCGCCCUGGCGCACCACACCACCGGGGGUCUACCUAGAGCCGGCCCUGGUCAUAAAUGGGAGAAAAGCAAUGACAAACCUAGACAGCAUCUUAAAAAGCAGAGACAUCACCUUGCCUACAAAGGUCCGUAUAGUUAAAGCUAUGGUUUUCCCAGCAGUGAUGUAUGGAAGUGAGAGCUGGACCAUAAAGAAGGCCGAUCGCCGAAGAAUUGAUGCUUUUGAAUUAUGGUGCUGGAGGAGACUCUUGAGAGUCCCAUGGACCGCAAGAAGAUCAAACCUAUCCAUUCUGAAGGAAAUCAGCCCUGAGUACUCACUGGAAGGACAGAUCGUGAAGCUGAGGCUCCAAUACUUUGGCCACCUCAUGAGAAGAGAAGACUCCCUGGAAAAGACCCUGAUGUUGGGAAAGAUGGAGGGCAAUAGGAGAAGGGGACGACAGAGAACGAGAUGGUUGGACAGUGUUCUCGAAGCUACGAACAUGAGUUUGACCAAACUGCGGGAGGCAGUGCAAGACAGGAGUGCCUGGCAUGCUAUGGUCCAUGGGGUCACGAAGAGUCGGACACGACUAAACGACUAAACAACAACAGGUCAUAAAUGACUGACACCCAGGCAUGCAUGGAGAAAGGGGGAAAUGAAAAUGGUUGUGGCCUACUGCUUCUUGACAGCUUUCAAAUAAUCCUAGAAUGUUGGGAGCUGGAAGGGACCUCAAAGGCUCAUCUAAUCGAACCCGCUUUGCAAGUUUAAACUGCCCUGCUGGUUUGAGCGUAGCUUGACUGGGCAGUCUUCAGGCGAAUGUUAAGAACACAAAAGCACAGCGGAUUUCUAGGGUUCCGAAUCUCCAGCCAUGCUGUCCAUUGGGAGAGGCAAAGAUUGGAGACCUUGAGCAUUGCAAGCAGUCCCCUCUUAACAUUCCAGUGCCAAGCAAGUUUUCUCAACAGCAAGUUCCAUGGAUUUCAGGGCAUCCUGGACUGAUUGAGACGUGGUUCUGGGUGCAGCAAGAAGAACCUAACCAGUGCAGCAUUGCACAUGCCAGACACCUGAUUCCACAGAACUGUAGAGUUGGAAGGGACCCCAAGAGUCAUCUAGUCCACCCCUUCCUACAAUGCAGGAAUCAAAACUGGGUGCAGAGUGAUAGCAAAGGCGGGGGGGGGGGGGACACACACCACAUUGGCAUACUAACAUGGCCCAUGCAGCAGCUGAGGUGGUUGUGUGUCUCUGCCGGCACAUUGUCGCCCACCCAGCAUUACGUAAGAAGACGGGGCUUGCUUCCAAGUACCAUCCUAGGACUAUCAACAAAAGGAGUGGGUUUUAAUGGUAGUUUUUGGAUAAGCCUAGGGCAGCAGUAAAGGCCAUGUGCUGUGAUGGUAUCUGACGAUUAGAAUUUAGGUUACUUCUGAUACAGGUUGGGGCCUUUCAUUUUAGUACAGCGGAACCUCGGUUUAUGAACACCUCGGUUUACGAAUUUUCGGUUUACGAACACCACGGACCCAUCUGGAACGGAUUAAUUCACUUUCCAUUACUUUCAGUGGGAAAGUUCGCUUCAGUUUAUGAACGCUUCAGUUUAUGAACAGACUUCCGGAACCAAUUACACCCAUGCUUCGGGUUAAGUACGCUUCAGGUUGAGUACUCCGCAGACCCGUCUGGAACGGAUUAAUCCACUUUCCAUUACUUUCAAUGAGAAAGUUCGCUUCAGUUUAUGAACGCUUCAGUUUAUGAACAGACUUCCGGAACCAAUUGUGUUCAUAAACCGAGGUACCACUGUAGUGAAAUCAUCCACUCAGUCCUUGGCACAACAGAAUUCUUUCUCGCCUUUAGAUAAAACCUAAUACACAUUUUUAUUGAGAAAGGAACAAUCUAGUGGGAUAGGACACUCUUAAACCCAUGUUCUUGGAUGGUCCAAGAAAGCGUGUUUUCUCUCCUAAGGCAGGCUUUGCUGAA